AUGCAGGUUUGGACGAAAACUGGUGUUCAUCAUUUUUCUGCUAACUCUGAACAAGAAAUGACUGACUGGAUAUGUGCUUUGCAAGCUGUGGCUUUUAGAGAUAAUGUUUCGAGGCAAACAAUUGAAGAAGAUAAUGAUUUAUAUUGUUCAUCCGGAGAUGCUGGUGUUUUUAGUGUUAAAUUAAUUUCAUCAGACGCCAGUGAACGUUGUGGUUUAAAAGAACAACCUUAUACAUUAGUCAUUACUCCUGUUGCUCUACAACUACGAGAAUCUGAUGAAAAUGAUACACUACUUCUAACGUGGCCAUAUAGAUUUAUUCGAAGAUAUGGGUAUAGAGCCGGUAGAUUUACAUUUGAAGCUGGUCGCAAAUGUGCCAGUGGUGAAGGUGUGUUUCAUUUAGAACACUCUAAUCAACAAGAGAUAUUUAGAUGCAUCUCAUCAAAAAUGAAAAGUAUGAAAAAACUUUUGAAUGGCGGAGGUGAUGCGACAUCUAUCAUGUGUGGUGAUAAUCAGUUCCGAGCGGCUUUGUCUAUGAUGGCUCGUUCUCGAAGCCCCUUACCACCAUCGCCCACUAGCACUACUCCAUUAAUUUUGGAUAAUGACUUUAAUAGCUUUUCUUGUUCAAUGAAACCUCUUAUGCCUUUACCAACAUUAUUAGUACCUCCAACUACGUCUCCACCACCACCACCACUAAAACCAAAACCAAAGACAAUUUUUUCCAAGAAGGUACCUACUCCUUUCACAAAUGACCAAGAAACAGAAUCACCAGAUGCAGCAUAUGAAGAUGUCCAAGUAAGAAAUGAUGCCUGGAGAACUAUGGGUCUAAAUGAUUCAAAUCAUUGCGAAAAACCUUAUGCCAGUAAUAAUGUAAUAUCUGAUGAUGGCACUGAACAUUAUGACCAUUUACAACAUUUUGGUUUUAUAUCUAAAACAGCACCUGGGUAUAGACAAAUUCACCCUAUUGCUUUAACCACAAAGCAUAAAUCCAUCAUAAAAGCAGACACUUUAAUGAUGCCUGCUCGAAAAGCUGAUGAUUCCCAUUACGGUUAUGGUACUAUAAAUAAAAAAAACUCUACCGAAGAAAAUCGCUCAAAUAAUGAGUCUUUGGACUCAGUAGCUCACAAUGAAUUGCAAUAUGCUAUGGUCUUCAAGCCUAAUAAGGUCUAGUCUUAUUUAUUAUUUUUUAUUAAUUAAAAUCAACAUUUAAAUUCAUAUAUUGUAUAUCAUAUUUUCCUAUGUCC